GCGCCGGAGACCCGGAUGGUGCGUGUGCGGGGCCCGUGCCGAGUAGACGCCAGCGACGCUGCCCUGUAGCCGGGCCAGCUGAGGGCUGGAUCUGAUGCCUCUUCCGGACAACAUGCUUGUAGCUCUGAUGAUUUAACGGGCCCAAAGCUGGGAAGCACGUGAUUUUGAGGGCCCAGCACCCUGCCUGCCCAGCCCGGCCAAGCACCUGACCCCACGCUGCAGGAACAGCACGCCCGAGUUCAGACACCCCAGUGAUGCACCAUGCCCAUCGUGGACAAGCUGAAGGAAGCCCUCAAGCCUGGCCGCAGGGACUCGGCUGACGAUGGGGAACUGGGGAAGCUUCUGGCCGCCUCUGCCAAGAAGGUCCUUCUGCAGAAGCUGGAGUUCGAGCCGGCCAGCAAGAGUUUCUCCUACCAACUGGAGUCACUGAAGAGCAAAUACGUGCUGCUGAACCCCAGGACGGAGGGAGCUGGGUGCCACCGGAGCGGAGAUGAACCGCCGGCCCGGAGACAGGGCAGCGAGCAUGCCUACGAGAGCUGCAGCGACGGGGUCCCCGCGCCCCAGAAGGUGCUCUUCCCGGUGGAGCGGCUGUCGCUGCGCUGGGGGCGCGUGUACCGCGUGGGCGCGGGCCUGCACAACCUUGGCAAUACCUGCUUCCUGAACUCCACCGUGCAGUGCUUGACCUACACGCCACCCUUGGCCAACUACCUGCUCUCCAAGGAGCACACGCGGGGCUGUCACCAGGGCAGCUUCUGCAUGCUGUGCGUCAUGCAGAACCACAUCAUCCAGGCCUUUGCCAACAGCGGCAACGCCAUCAAGCCCGUGUCCUUCAUCCGGGACCUGCGAAAGAUCGCCCGGCACUUCCGCUUUGGGAACCAGGAGGACGCGCACGAGUUUUUGCGGUACACCAUCGAUGCCAUGCAGAAGGCCUGCCUGAGCGGCUGUGCCAAGCCAUGGCCUGUCUCCAGGUUGGAUCGUCAAACGCAGGCUACAACCCUGGUCCAUCAGAUUUUUGGAGGCUAUCUCCGAUCUCGGGUGAAGUGCUCCAUGUGCAAGAGCGUCUCAGACACCUACGACCCCUACUUGGAUGUGGCGCUGGAAAUCCGGCAAGCUGCAAACAUCGUGCGUGCUCUGGAACUUUUUGUGAAACCAGAUGUCCUGAGCGGAGAGAAUGCCUAUAUGUGUGCAAAAUGCAAAAAGAAGGUUCCAGCCAGCAAGCGGUUCACCAUCCACCGGACGUCCAACGUCCUGACGCUCUCGCUCAAGCGCUUUGCCAAUUUCAGUGGGGGGAAGAUCACCAAGGAUGUGGGCUACCCAGAGUUCCUGAACAUCCGCCCGUACAUGUCCCAGAGCAGUGGCGAGCCUGUCAUGUAUGGGCUGUAUGCGGUCCUCGUCCACUCGGGCUACAGCUGCCACGCCGGCCACUAUUACUGCUACGUGAAGGCAAGCAACGGACAGUGGUACCAGAUGAAUGACUCCUUGGUCCAUGCCAGUAACAUCAAGGUGGUUCUGAACCAGCAGGCCUACGUCCUCUUCUACCUGCGGAUUCCAGGCUCUAAGAAGAGUCCCGAGGGCUCCAUCUCCAGGACGGCCUCCUCCUUUGCCAGCCGCCCCGGCGUGGUUCCGGACCCUGUCCGGAAGAAUGUCAGCAAUGGGACCGCAGCCUCCCCAGUGACCGGAAAGAGACCAGACCCUGUGACAAUGAAGAAGCCACAGACCCCCGAAGAACUUGGGGUGCCCAUUGCCAGGAACGGCUCCGUGUUGGGUCUGAAGUCUCCUAAUGGAUAUGCUCUUCCCAAGCCCCCGCUGGGGUCCCCUUCCCCAAAACUCUUCAAGACACCCACCCACGCGCCAGCCAUUCUGGAUGAGCCUGGAAAGAAAGUCAAGAAACCGGCCUCCCUACAGCAUUUCUCCCCUCCACCCAGCGCCAGUGCGCCGGGCGGCAGCAGGAGCGAGGGUCGCAGGCCAGGCUCCUGGGACGGCCGGGCCGCUGUCUCUACCUCACCCCGGGCCCCAGCUGCAGGGACCCCCAGUGGGCUUGGGCUCCAGGCGGGUGACGAGGGCCCCACUCCUAAGGGGAGGGGCUCCAGCCCUGAACACCCCACCAGCAGGCCCCCCCAGGCCCCCCGGAGCGGAGCCGCCCCCCUCGGAGAUUCUCAGGGAACCCACUCCACCACUGCCGGCCCUGCCAAGGUGCUGCCGGCCCGACAGGACCCCGAGCCGGAGAAGGCCAAGUGCCCCAUCCCAAGCGGCGCCAGCCCCGAGCCAGCCAACGCCAUGUCUCCUCCUCCGGCCAAAAAGCUGGCCCUCUCUGCCAAGAAGGCCAGCACCCUGCGGAGGGCAACCGGCAAUGACCUCCGUCCACCUGCCCUCUCUCCAUCCUCCGACCUCACCUACCCCCGGAAACCCACUCACCCCGUCGCCGCCACCACCUGGCCUGUCAGUGCAAUGCGGGCUGUCUCACCUGCUCCCAGGCCCUCCAGCCAUCUGAAGCCCCCCUUCGACCCCCGUCCCCCAUCACUGUCCAGCAGCCCCCAACCUCUCGGGACAUCAGACCCACAGAGCUGCUCGCCCGCCUCUGCACCCCUGCCUCAGGUCAAUGGGGCCUUCCAGGCCCCCCCAUACCAGCGGCCAGAGGCCAGCGAGCCCCCCCAGAGCCUUGGUAAGAAGAGGAAGAAGACUCGCGUGGAAGGGGGCUGUGUCUCGGAGACCUGCAUGGCCGUGGUGGCCCCGCCUGGGAAGAGGAGGAAGAGGAAGAGGAAGCACACGGGGGACGUGGAUGCCACCCCACCGCAGGACGAGCGGACACCGGGGCCGCCCUGGAGCCCUGAACGCAGGAAAGAAGGCCGGGCGGAGCCAUUGGUGGACAGAAUGGAGGAAGAGGGCAGACACCAGGCAGGGAGCAGCCAGCGCCUGGAGAAUGGCUGGCCCAUGGGAUGCAUGACCGACGGCUCCUACGCGAGCAGCAGGAAGAGGAGGAGAAAGGGACUGGAGAGCUGUGACGGAGGAGACUGCCUCCCCGGGGACCCAUCUUGGCACGGGAGCUGUGCACCCUCGGACGUCGUCCAACCAGAGACCAUUGCAACAUCACUGAGGAAAAAGAAAAAGAAAAAAAAGAAGCAAGAGCCACGACAGGAAGUAGAAGAGAAGGAGCCUGAGGGCCAGAGGGGCCCGUCUGUUCCUGGGAGCACUCCCCUGCCAGCUGUGAACGGCCAGGCUCCCGGGGGCCCCACAGGGCUGAGACCGGCUCCACUUGCAUCCUGGGACAGAGAGAGAGAAUCCGAUGUGGUCCAAGAAUUGCUAAAAUAUUCAUCUGAUAAAGCUUAUGGGAGAAGAGUUUUGACGUGGGACGGCGAGGUGUCGGCCGUCAGUCAGGACGCCAUCCAGGACAGCAGGCUGGCCCGCACGGCCACGGUCAUUGACGACUGGGACGAAGAGUUCGACCGAGGGAAGGAGAAGAAAGUGAAAAAGUUCAAGAGAGAGAGGAAGAGAAACUUCAACGCCUUCCAGAAACUUCAGAGUAGACGGAAUUUUUGGUCUGUGACUCAUCCAGCUAAGGCUUCCAGUCUGAGCUAUCGCCGCUGAAAGUGCUGCUGUCAAGAUAGCCUCCAGAGACACGGCAUCCCUCCCCGCUGAUGGUCUGUCUGGACUGAAGAGCCACUUGCCGUGGACUCGCUGGCCUCUCAGUGUGGGGACGGCCCACAGAGGCCCUGGGCUUCUGCCCAGGUGAACACGACGUGCACUGUGACAGACCGCGUGGUGACGCAGGGAGCAGGGGCAGCACAGCGAUGGGAAGCAGGGUGGGGCCGAGUGCCCUGUGAUGCUGGCCGGCAGCGUUCAGCCUGGGGCCGUGGGGGGAGUGGGGAGGACGCGGCCGAGCCUUCCAGGGUGACCGCGAGCUCCAGAGGUGACAGCGUGUGGCCAGUUGCCCUUCUCUGUGGACUGUGCGACGCCCACUUCCUCCCGUGGGGGCUCUGUAUGCCUUACCAGUCCACCCUCAGAAAGUCAGAGCCCUAGGCUGGCCCCACGCUGCAGCCUCUCUCUUCUUUUGGAGUUGGGCGGAGGGCAGUGCGUCUCUCCAUCUCAAGAAAAAGACUCCCUCUGGAGAGCGGACGGCCAAGCUGGGGCGGGUGGGGGCCAAAAAGAUGCGACAACACACCUACUGCUCAGGCUGCUACUGUUCCAAGGUGGCUUUGCUGGACCUCCCCGCUCCUGCCCCCAGCCCUCGCAGCUGCAGUAACCCCGGGGUCCUUACCAAGGUGGUGUUCUUGGGGUAGAUUCCUCCUUUUAUUUUACUACUUGAUAUAAAACAUUUAUUUUUGACCAGGCCUGUGGCUUCCAUUAGCAAUAUGUCUCCUUUCCCUAAUAUGCAAAUACUGGCUUCGUUUGCUCAAUUUUGUGAGUGCUUUUGAAUUGAAGAUGAUUGUGUAACUGGAGACGAUCACUGUCCCUUUUUUUUUUUAUCCUGUUCAAGCUGUGCCUGCGAACUUGUAAUUUAAUAAAUACGGGAAAUCCUCAGUGAGCUGAUAUUGUUCAGAAAAAAGACCAGUGUCCCAGUGGUAGAAGGUACAGAAGUUAAGUCUGAAGAUUAUCCCUCAGCACAUGUCCUCUUGGGAUCACUUGCUGUGGGCGUGGCUCAGUGUCUGGCCUGGUCCUGCCCUCCAAGGGGUCUCCUGGGCCUGAGCCCCAGUGCACUCGUCCAGCCCCUGCUUUCUUCCUCACCAAGCUUUGCCCUUUGUUCUGGGACCUGGGGGACCCAGGUGGUGUCGAAAAAGCAUUAAAACAUUUUUUAUACGGGGAGAUAACAUUAAUUUUUUCAUGUGGGUGGUGGUUUUUGUUUUUCCCGGUUUUGUAUUUCUCUCUUAAAAGGUGGGGAGGAUAAUACCCGGUGACCUGAGCUGGGGCUGCUUUGGCCCCAGCAGAUGGGAACUGAGCUCUGCCUGGACUGGCCAGGGAGCCUUUUUCUGGAGGCCUGACUCCCGCAUGUCAGCCAUGCCUGCUCAGAACUGAGCGGCCCGCCCCGGUGCCCUGUGACUUUGUCAUUUGUCAUCUCAGGAGGGAAGGCAGGUGCCUCCAUGGGCAGGAAGGAUUUUCUUCUCCCCAUCUGAAGAUGUCAACAUUCAUUCCUGUGUGAACUGUUUCCCUGACCAUAUUCUUGUUAUGUUUUGUUGGUUGGAAAAAGAAAAAUUCUGUUGUCUGCUCGCACAGAAUUUAUCUCCUUUUCUUUCUCUCCCUCUUCUCCAAAUCAGUCUCUCCUUUCUCCACUAUAUAAUUACAACACCUUUUUCUGAGGAGAAAACAUCACCCAUUUUCUCCCAGGCAGUGAUGAGCAUUGGCCUGACUCCACAGCGUUUAUCACUGUUAGGUAGCCAAGUCCUCCAAACUGAGGGAAAGGAGUGGCCCAGAAUGUGAGCCCAGAUUCUGGCUGCAUACACAUCAAGGUAAAGAACUGAAGCUUUAGGGUGACACUUGUUGACUGAGAACAUGAGUUUAAUUUAACUUUGUGUUUGUGAAAGGGGCACCUCUCCUGGUGGUCCCAGUCCUCUCACUCCCUGCCUCUCCGCCGGGGUCCCUGGUUACACCAAGGCCCUGUGUGUGCAAUGAGCCCGCAGCUCAUGGCCAGGGACCGAGGGGCCACAGAUGUUGCCAAGAUCUCACUGCAAUAAAAUAAUGAGUUUUUGUGA